AUGUCGUCGACAUCAUUCCAGAUAUUAUCCGACUUACAUCUCGAGACUCAUAGCUCAUACGAUUUCCCCAUUAAACACACCGCGGCGAAUCUCGCUCUUCUCGGGGAUAUCGGACAGGUUGCUCAUGAUGGUCUUUUUGUUUUCCUAGAAAGACAGUUGAAGCGCUACUGGAACGUCGUCUUCAUUCUUGGCAACCACGAGCCAUACGGGACAAGCUGGGUGUUGGCGAAGGCUCGCGUCCGCGCUUUUGAAGCAAAAAUGCAUACCUUGCGGGAAUCAUCUACCAUUGGCAACUUCAUGUUUCUCGAUCAAGGUCGUUGGGACGUGAACGAAACCCUCACCGUGCUUGGCUGUACACUCUUUUCCAACAUGUCUUCCCAGCAGGGGGCUGAGGUGGAAAGGCGGCUGAACGACUUUCGGCAAAUAAGAGAUUGGGCUGUCGAAGACCAUGUCAGCGCCCAUCGGUCUGAUUUGAAUUGGCUCAAUGAUCAGGUCGAAGCUAUAUCCGAAACCGAGCCGCAACGGAGAAUUGCGGUGUUCUCUCAUUACAGCCCGACACUGGACAAGCAGGCCGUUGAGCCGAGGCACGAGGACAGCCCCGUAUCCUCAGCUUUCGCCACAGACCUAAGUCAAGAACAGUGCUGGACUAAUCCAGCUGUUGUAUUCUGGGCAUUCGGACAUACCCACUUCAACUGUGACUUCACAGACAAGCAUGGGAAGCGCAUCAUUGCUAACCAGAAGGGUUACGCUUCUGCCUUGGAGGCUGAUUGCAACAUCGGCAGAGUUUAUUCGAUCGCACAAGGAAAAGUCUCAGGGUUACUCUUUUGA